CCCCCUGAAGCGGCCGGAGCCGCGCCCGCCGCCCGCCGGGACGAUGGUGCGCUGCGGGGCGGCCGCGCUGCUCGCCGCGCUGCUCGGCGUCUGCGUCUGGACCGACGAGACCGGGAAAGUUAUCUCGGACCGGUUCGCCGUCUACUGGAACCGGAGCAAUCCCAGGUUCCACCGCGGGGACUACACGGUGGAGGUGAGCAUCAACGACUACCUGGACAUCUACUGCCCGCACUACGAGGAGCCGCUGCCGGAGCGGAUGGAGAGGUACAUCCUCUACAUGGUCAACUACGAGGGCCACGCGUCCUGCGACCACCGGCAGCGCGGCUUCAAGCGCUGGGAGUGCAACCGCCCCGACUCGCCCAACGGGCCCCUCAAGUUCUCCGAGAAGUUCCAGCUCUUCACCCCCUUCUCGCUGGGCUUCGAGUUCCGACCCGGCCACGAGUACUACUACAUCUCCGCGUCCCCCCCGAACACGGUGGACAGGCCCUGCCUGAAGCUGAAGGUUUAUGUUCGGCCAACAAACGAUUCCCUCUACGAGUCCCCGGAGCCCAUUUUCACCAGCAACAACUCCUGCUGCAGCCUCAGGGUGCCGCCGGCGGCGCUGGCGGUGGUGCCGGUCGUCUGGACGCUCCUGCUCUCGUAGCACCGACACCGACACACCGGGAGCGGCUCCGGGGACGGAUCCCGCCCGCCCAGAAUCGCCUGCACGGUGCCCAGGGAGGGUCGGAGGAUCUUGUCGCCGCCUGAAGUCCCCGCCGUGGCACGGCUGUCCCGCCGGGAGCGGUGCCGGGCUGUCCCGGGGAACGGGUCCCGAAUUUCCAUCCCUGCCCUGCAGCUCCGGCUGUCCCGGUGGGGCGUUGCUUUUUACAUUUCUAGACCAAAUACAGAGUCCU